AACCCAACGGCGCACAUCCCACUGUUUGACAGCUAGCGCCGCCAGUGUCGCCAUCUUGACAGCUGGAGUCAAAAUAUUUACGCGCUUUUCCCAGGUUUGUUUGCCCGCUUUUCUUUCGCGCGUUUCUUGGCUGCGAUGUGGAAGAUAACAGCGUACAUUGGGCGGGAAAUCACUUCUCCCAAAUCGGUCUAAUCGUCCGCAAGUUUGUGGUGCGCAUGCCUUUGCAGUUGGAGGUCCGAUAGACCGAAAAAAGUUUCUGUUUUUAUUCAUGAAUACAGUGUUGAAUUUGCGGAACCGCGAGUCGGGCAGCGGUUUCGCCUCUCAGUAUGAUGCCCCCCUGUGCCGGUUGCAGGUGCACGAGCGGGACAGCUGGAACGGUAUUACGCCCUCCACCUUUUCGGCCGACUACAACCCAUCGCCACCGAUCCUGGCGGCCAAAUUUUCCAAAUGCCAGGGCAAGCAGCACAUACUGGCGAUCGCAAACGAGGAUGGCAAGAUUGCGCUACAGGAUACGAACCUCACGAACCGGGAACCGGGCGGUGAGCGGGCACUGGAAGGAAUCCAGUGCCACUACAAUGCGGUGUUCGAUCUCGAGUGGAUGCCGGGAGUCAUGAAGCUGGUGACGGCUUCGGGCGACCACACCGCGAAGCUGUGGACGCUCGGCGAGUCGGAAAUGCUGUGUACGCAAACGUUCCGCGGCCACUCGCGCUCGGUCAAGACGGUCGCGUUCCGGCGGGACGAUUCGGCCGUGUUUGCGACGGGCGGGCGGGACGGUGCGAUACUGAUCUGGGACAUCCGGGCGCAGGUCGGGUUGGACAUGAUCCCGCGGGCGGACAACUGCAUCUACAGCGGGCAUGCCGGUGGACCGGGCACACCGCUCUCGCACCGCAAACGAACGCGCCAAACGCCAAAGAUACCGACGCAGGGCUGCAGCAGCAGCAUUACGGGGCUCGCGUUCCAGGACGGCAACACGCUGAUCUCGUGCGGUGCGGGCGACGGUGUGGUGAAGGUGUGGGAUACGCGCCGCCACUACACCAGCCACCAGCGGGAACCGAUGCCAAAGUAUAGCUUCUCGUACGCGGGCACGACGACGCUGAAGGGCUUCACCAAUCUCGCGAUCGACGAGCGGCGGCACCGGCUGUACGUGAACUGCAUGGACAAUCACAUCUACUGCUACAACAUCUCGUCGUACGAUGGGAAGCCGCUGCAGCGGUACGGUGGCUUUAACAACGGCACGUUCUACGUGAAGGCGGCGCUCAGCUCCGACGGCCAGUACCUGAUCAGCGGGUCGAGCGACGAGCGCUGCUACAUCUGGAACGUGGACAAUCCGAACCCGCUGGUGAAGCUGUCCGGCCACUCGGCCGAGGUGACGAGCGUGGCCUGGAUGCAGAGCGACCGUGACGUGCGCCUAGUGACGUGCAGUGACGAUGCGCGCCACAAGGUGUGGCGCAUCGGGCCGGAAGAGAUGGAUUCGGACGAGCAGCAGCAGCUCCGCGGCACGGCGGAGUAUUGCGACUCGUAUCGCUCGGACCAGGCGGAAAAGCAGCGGCUCAAGGCGCUCGAAUUUACGCCCCGCUCGGUGCGUGGAUUGGUGCAGCGGAACGAAACGACACCGAGCACGCAGGCCGACCCGACCCGCACGCCGAAAGCAUCCAGUGCAGCGUUUAAGAUGGGUGCGGGCGGUUGCUUCAGUGCCGGUGCGACAUCGUCCGAACGGCCCGGCAAGCGUUCGUUCUCGGAAAUGGCCGACAAGGACGGGCAAAGUUGUCCACCGGUGAAGCGAUCGUACCGUGAGGAAGGCCGCGGUCGUCGCCUGUUCAGUCCAGCCAACUCCAAAUCGUCCUUUAGCUUUACCGCGCUCGAGAUCGCCGCCAGCUCGUCCUCGUCGCGCAGCCUCAACGUGAUACUGGAAGCGACGGAUGAGCUGACGACGGUCGGACUGUCGCCGUGCAAGUCGCCGCUAGCCACCGCGAACCUCAACAUCCGCUCGCCGGACCAACCACCCUCAUCGCUGGCGCUUCGUUGCGCAUCGCCCACGUUAAACCUGAUCCUGCCGAACUUUGUGAUCGACGGGGAAGCGCCACACCUGGUGAACGUGCUGGCCGCAUCCGGUGGCAGUGAGCGGGCCGAUGGAGUAGUGGUAGGACAGACCAAUGGCUCGACAGUCGGUGAAGGUUCCGGAAGUGGCGGUGGUGGUGGUGGUGGUGGUGUUGCCGUGAAGCGAAAGCUACGCGAGCACAUCGACUGGCUGACCAAGAUCCGGAAGCAGAAGCAGCUCCAGGCGGCAAAGGGCAUCGAGAACAGCUACGGCACGGCAAUGGAGCGGGUGACGGCAUCACAGCUGCUCUCGCCACGGCUUCAGCAGUUGAAAUCGUGUGGUGAUGAGGGUGGUGGAGGAGGUGGUGGAGGGACAGUGGCUAGUAGUGUAGGGCCGAGUGAGAACAAACACCAGCAGCAGGAAACGAAUCACCUUCCAGGAAACGCGGCUUCGAGCAGCAGCUCAGAAACACCGACCACGCCACGGCGACGAUCAUCCUGGGCGUGGAAUUCGAGCAGCAGUCCACACGGUGAGCACGGUGACGACACAGGGCAGCUGCGCGGUACACGCACAACGCCCCGAAGCCGACGGUACUCGACGAAUGGUAUGCGGGGUGUGCUACCGGUCACCUCGGAGACGGCUUCCAUCAGGCGCUUUCUUACGGUGACGACACCCACCAGCCGGACCAACGCGCAAGCAUCCAAUUGACUUUGCGCAAUGGGUAUUGAGUGCCUAAAGAAGCAGCUUGCUUCACACGUUUCAGACUACAACACACAGAGAAAGUGUUACCUCCAAUACCUCUUGAUUAUCAGAUUUUUAUAGCUGUUUAAGGAUUAGUUUGUAAGCGAAAGUUCUUCCCCCGUAACGAUCGGCGUUAGAGGGACGAGACAUUGCAACAUGUACAUAGAAUUUGAGAAUACUAUUCGCUUUCGAAAUGCGAAGAAAACUAACACGUCCCCCUCCAAGUACACGGAUCUAAUCUUAAUCUUUCCUUUUUUUUAUUUUUCACGAAACAAUCAUUCGAAUGAUCUGUAUACGCGCCAUACAUAUUUAAUCACGCUUUUACUUUUAAACACUCACACACACACACACGCGCUAUUGCUUGCGACUAAUCUAAACUAACUUCCUUUACGUGCAUUUAUUAGCGAACAAAGAGAACUCUUUUAUUUCUGUUUAUUGAACGUUUUUUAAAAAGAAAUUUAUCAUCAAAAGGAUAAAUUGUUUGGCAAAUGGGAAGGUGGAAAGAAUGUAUGUAAAUAGCACAGAAGAGACAAAAAUAGAGAGAGUGAUGAAUUGUGAUGAACUAGUGAAGUGUGCCUGUUUGGACCAUAAUGGAAUUGUUUGUUCGGGUAAAUACGUAGUCGACGGACAGUACAGCCAGGAUGGGACAAUAAAAAUCACAAAAUGCAUUUGACAAAAACUGCCCCCUUUA